GGGCCCCUACACUAUACCCCGCACAUUGUAACCACGACCCCACCAAAUGGAAUAGAAUACUCCAACGGCUCUCUAGCAUCGGUGGACCGUUGUUGUUUCACGGGCCCAACCACGCUUUUUUCCCUAAUCUUCCCCUUCCUCGCCUCCCAUAUAUAGGAGCAGAGGAUUUAGGGAGCCAGAUCCCGCACAAAGCUCAUCACCGACAGCCACACGGUUUUGACGUCCAUCACUCACUUUCUCAACAUCCAUCAUCUCUGCCGGCGAUGACUGCGGAAGUGAGCCCGGAGCAUACCCAAAUGGCUGAGUCCCCUGUGAAUGUUGAAGAACCCCUGAAGCAGGAGGAGACUGCAGGAGAGGAAAACAAUUUGGAGGCUUCCAAUGGCAAGAACCCAUCUCCGGAUCUCAUCCCAGAAGUCGAUGAGAGGAGAGCCUCCUUCAAAGAGGAGAGUAACUUUCUCUCCGACCUCAAAGAAAGCGAGAGGAAUGCCUUGUUUGAGCUGCAAAGCAAGCUUGAAGAAGCCAUAGCCCAAGGAAAUCUUCUUGAGAAAGACAGCAAAGAAGCAACGGAUCAGGAAGGCCGAGAUGCUAACAACAAAGAUUACUCAAUAUGGGGAGUGCCUCUCUUGCCAAGCAAGGGCGGCAAGAGCACCGAUGUCGUCCUCCUCAAAUUCCUCCGUGCCCGCGAGUUCAAGGUCAAGGAUGCCUUUGAGAUGUUAAAGAAUACUCUUAGGUGGAGGAAGGAGAACAGGGUUGAUUCCAUUCUUGAUGAGGUGGUUCUCAAGGAUGAGUUUGGGAAGGCGGGUUUCAUCAAUGGCAUUGAUAGGGAAGGGCAUCCUGUCUGCUAUAAUGUUCUUGGUGUUUUCCAGGAUGCAGAAAUCAGCAGGAUAGUAUUCGGGAGCGAGGAAGGGCGCAAGAAGUUCUUGAGGUCGAGGGUACAGCUUAUGGAGCAGGGGAUAAAGGAGCUUGACAUGAGGCCUGGUGCGGUUUCUUCCAUGCUCCACAUUACUGAUCUCAAAGAUAUGAUUGGUUUGUCCAAGAAGGAGGUUAGGGAUACCCUUAAGCUGGCUGUGCAGCUUCUACAGGAUAAUUACCCUGAAUUCGUAGCAAGACAUGUAGUUAUAAACGCACCUUUCUGGUACUAUGCACUUAAUGCAAUCCUAUCCCCUUUCCUAACCCAGAGAACAAAAAACAAAUUUGUUGUUGUUCGUCCUGCGAAGGUUACUGAAACCCUUCUCAAAUAUAUUUCUGCUGAGGCUAUUCCUACACACUAUGGCGGUCUUAAGCGUGAGAAUGAUAGUGAGUUCUCCAUGGAAGAAGGGAGAGUAUUGGAGCUGACUGUUAAACCUGCUUCUUUUGGGACAAUUGAAAUCCCUGCACUUGAGACAGGAACAACUGUCCUCUGGGAUUUUUCUGUCCUUGGUUGGGAAGUGAACUACAGGGCAGAGUUUGUGCCGGCGGAUGAAGGCGCAUAUACCGUCAUUGUCCAGAAAGGAAAGAGAAUAGGGGCCGAGGAGGAGCCCAUUCGGAACUCAUUCAGGAACAACGAGCCUGGCAAAGUUAUUCUUACCAUUGAGAACAGCACAGUGAAGAAGAAGAGAGUCUUCUACAGAUACAAGGUGACGAGUGCUUGACUGCUUGAGCAAGUCUUGGAAACUCUCUGGCUUUCAGUAGUUGUGAUGGGGUGAGAGUUUGUAAGUGCGUGAUUUUGGGUUUGAUUUGGAGAAGUUCGUUGGUGGGUUCACAGUAUAUUUUUUUUGAUGGUGGGGUUAUAGCAGUGUGAUUUUAGGUUUCACGUGGAGAAGUUUGUGGAGUGGGUUACAGUUACUAUUUUGGAUUAAUGGGUUGGGUUAAGAGAGCAUUGAUUUGCCAGGCUCGUGUGAGUGUGUGAUUUUAGGUUCAUUCUUUUGUUAAGAAAGCAUUGAUUUCAAGCAUCCAGAUUCAA